AUGUUGUAUUCAAAUGCACUCGUUCCAAGUGGCCACGAGCCUGGCGUUCGGCACAAGCUCGGCAUCGCACACCGCGAUAUCCUCGCCCGAGAACAUCAUGCUGGAUCGAAAAAGGUGCAAAAUUGGCGGGUGCGGACUGCUACACCGCUAGCGGUCGCCGAGCGGGCAAGAAAUACUACAUGGGCACCUGAGAUCGUCGCGAGUGGCUCAUACGAACCCAAGGUCACCAGCUCGGUAUCGAGUUCUUCAUCAUCCUCACAGGCUUAUCGCUUGUCACAAGGUUUGACGUCUAUGAAGACAUUCCGAACAAUGUUGCAAAAUGGCACUGAGACUGUUUUAUUUUUGCGGCAUGAUCCUUCGAAGUGUUUGACGAUUACCGAGGUGCUGGACCACGAAGAGUGCAUUCUUUACACGGGGAGUUGUCCCAAGGACAGCGUAACUUGUCUUGCGGUUUGA